AUCUCUAUUACCAUAGUUGAGUUCUUUUGCAAGAGUGAAACGAAAAGAAAAACAAGACUAAAUGGCCAAGGGUUCGGGUGUGGUAGUUGGUAUUGUGUUGUUGUUACUCGUGGAAAUGGCUGUUGGUCAGAGUGCAUCGAAUGUUAGGGCAACUUAUCACUUGUAUAACCCACAACAGAUCGGAUGGGACCUAAAUACUGCUAGUGUGUACUGCGCCACUUGGGAUGCCAAUAAGCCCUUGGCUUGGCGACAACAAUACGGUUGGACCGCCUUUUGUGGUCCUGUAGGUCCUCGCGGUCAAGACUCUUGUGGUCGAUGCCUUAGAGUCACAAACACAGACACGAAAACUCAAGCUACAGUGAGAAUCGUCGACCAAUGUGCCAACGGUGGUCUAGAUCUAGACGUGAAUGUCUUCCAACAACUCGAUACUAAUGGACAGGGAAACUUUCGUGGCCAUCUCAUUGUGAAUUACGAGUUCGUGAAUUGUUAAGGAACAACUUCAACAAUUUGAUGCGACAAUCUAAGCUUAAUUAAUAUAAUAAAAAUAAUGUUGUUCAUGUAUCAUGAUGUGUCAGGUGGAAUAAAUAAAGAAGGCUUUGAAAUAGUUAAAUUGCUGUAAUGUAAAAUCAAGAUAUAAGAGCUUGUUAGUAAUAUAUAAAUAUAU